AUGACAACACAACCACACGAUCUAACCGUCGUGGCAGCCCUAUUCAGCGCCAUCAAGGAGCGUGAUGCGCUUCUCGUAACAAUCAAGAGUAAAGAUGCGAUGUUGGAAGCAUGCCAGGCACAGAUAUCGCAGUGUCUAGAAGAGAAAGAAUUGUGUGGAAGGGCGCAGAAGAAGUUGGCGAAGUAUGAAGAGAUGCUUAAGGUUAAUGGGUUAGAGGGGGUAGAGGAAGUGAUUACUAAGUUGGAUUAUCUGGGUGGAUUGGUGGAAAAUUCGAGAAGUAGAGUGGGAGAGGUAGAGGCGUCGGAAAGGAUAUUGAAGAUUGUUGGGGACGCUUAG